CAUUUUAGUUAAACUCAUCAAUUGAAAAUAAAAUAAAAUGAUAAAAAUUCAAAUUCAUAUUUCUGUUAGAGAUUGCAUCAUGUUUCUUCUCAAGGCAUGGAGAACAACAGCUUUUGGUGUUUAUGGGUACCUAAAUUUUACCAAGGCUGGGUUCAUGGAACAUUCAAACAAGUUUAAAGUAGAAGAUAUGCAAGGAAGAUUGGAUGGAAAGAAUUGUAUGGUUAGUGGAGCAAAUACCGGCAUUGGAUUUGCAACUGCUCAGGACCUCGCUUCAAGAGGGGCAUCUGUCUACUUGCUGUGCCGUAGUAAGGAGAGGGGAGAAGCUGCUCUUUCCAAAAUUCAAACUAAAACUGGAAAUCAGAAUGUUUACCUGGAGGUAUGCGACCUGUCAUCUGUUAGUGACAUCAAGUCGUUAAGUGCAAAAUUUUCUUCCAAGGGUGCCCCUCUUCAUCUUUUGGUCAAUAAUGCUGGCAUUCUUGAGGCUAACCGCGUCACAACUUCUGAAGGUUUCGAGCUGAAUUUUUCUGUAAACAUAUUGGGCACUUAUGCCUUGACAGAGUCAAUGUUGCCCUUAUUAGAAAAGGCUGCACCUGAUGCACGAGUAAUUACAGUUUCUUCUGGUGGCAUGUACACUUCUCCUUUAACAAAAGAUUUGCAGUUCAGUGAGGAAAACUUUGACGGGGUGGCGCAGUAUGCUCGAAACAAGCGAGUUCAGGUUGCAUUAACAGAAAAAUGGGCUGAAAAGUACAAGGAUAAGGAUAUUGGAUUCUACACAAUGCAUCCAGGCUGGGUUGAGACGCUUGGAGUUGCAAAAAGUUUGCCAGAUUUUUCCGAAAGGUUUUCUGGGAAAUUUCGAACAUGGGAUGAAGGUGCAGAUACCAUAAUAUGGUUGGCUUUACGACCCAAAGAUAAAUUGAUCUCUGGUGGAUUCUACUUUGACAGAGCUGAAGCACCUAAGCAUUUGCCAUUUGCUGCUACUGCUGGAUCUCAUUCUAUAAUUGAUUCCAUCGUUGAGAACCUUCGCUCCAUGUCCGGGGUUCCAUCAUAAGACCAAAUUACUUGGUUUUUAUUACAUGUAUAAACAAAAGUUGUAUGUAAAAUACAAACAUCUCUUUUUUGUUGGGUUAAUUGUACGCUUGGUCUCUUUAGGUUCGUGGUUUAACCAACAACAUCCAUGUGAAGUUUCCUUUCUGUAAUUCUCCCUUUAUAGUUUAUACAUCUAAGUCUUUAAUUACCA